CACAAGGAAUGUAACCUUCUCCAGCAACCAUAAGGAGCUGAAAACAAAGUCCUUUUGGCAUCACUCGGACCCCAGCAAGAAGAGAAACCCUGGGCUGAAAAUUCCUAAAGAAGCAUUUGAGCAACCACAGACAAGCUCCACGCCACCCAGAGAUCUAGACUCCAAAGCCUGCAUCUCUAUUGGCGAGGAGAACUUUGAGGUGAAAGCUGAUGACCUGGAGCCCAUCUCCGAGCUGGGACGAGGUGCGUACGGGGUGGUGGAGAAGAUGCGGCACAUGCCUAGCGGGCAGAUCAUGGCAGUGAAGCGGAUCCGAGCCACAGUGAACAGCCAGGAGCAGAAGAGGUUAUUGAUGGAUCUGGAUAUCUCCAUGAGGACGGUAGAUUGCCCCUUCACUGUCACCUUUUACGGGGCACUUUUCCGAGAGGGAGAUGUAUGGAUUUGCAUGGAGCUGAUGGAUACCUCACUGGACAAAUUCUACAAACACGUCAUUGACAAAGGCCUGACGAUUCCUGAGGACAUCUUAGGGAAAAUAGCUGUCUCUAUCGUAAAAGCACUAGAACAUCUACACAGUAAGCUCUCCGUGAUCCACAGAGAUGUAAAGCCCUCUAACGUGUUGAUCAAUACGCAGGGGCAGGUGAAAAUGUGCGAUUUUGGAAUUAGCGGUUACCUCGUUGACUCGGUUGCUAAAACCAUGGAUGCAGGAUGCAAACCCUACAUGGCUCCUGAAAGAAUUAACCCGGAGCUAAACCAGAAGGGGUACAGCGUCAAAUCUGAUAUCUGGAGCCUGGGGAUCACAAUGAUCGAGCUGGCCAUCCUGCGCUUUCCCUACGACUCCUGGGGGACGCCCUUCCAGCAGCUCAAGCAGGUGGUGGAGGAGCCGUCGCCGCAGCUCCCGGCGGAGAAGUUCUCGGCAGAGUUCGUUGAUUUUACCUCGCAAUGCUUGAAGAAGAAUUCCAAAGAACGGCCAACAUACCCAGAGCUUAUGCAACAUCCUUUCUUCACCCUGCACGAAUCCAAAGAGACAGACGUCGCCUCUUUUGUCAAACUCAUCCUGGGAGACUGAGAACUGGACUUGUAAAUGAAUUGCCCUUCUGUGGACUGGUGGGUGCAGGGGAGGGGCGCGUGGCAGGACUUGUCAUGAAAGCACCAACAGAAAGUCGCCGUGUUUUGUUUUGUUUUGUUUUUAUUCUGGGAAACCCCCGCCUCACCGAAGUUUUUAAAAGGGUUUUUUGGUAUCCAUAGUGACAUAGAACGAGCUGGUUAGUGAAAUGAAUUUUAAUAAGGUUGGUAACCUUAAAACAGAAGCAAAACAACAAAAAAAAAUUUAAAAGAGUGAUUUACAUAUUUAAUGACAGUCAAAGUCCCCCUUCCUAACUUUCUCCUUAUCCCCCUUCCCUUCCCCCUGAACAGAAUUUGCUUUGUCAUGGUAAUAGGUGCUAUGGUAGUCAUGAAGUUGUAUGUAGAUUUAUAUUUUGUCCCUUCCAUUAUUUUAAUAUUUAUGUUAAGUGCUUGAUGGAAUAGAUUUCUGUUUUAUAUGAGGAUGAGUGCGUGGUGAUGAUGAUGAUGAUGCUAAAUGAAGCCACAGCAAGCAAUAGUUGUAGGGCUUUGCUGGGGUAAAGGUGUCAAAGGUAAAGAGAAAGAAGAGAAGAAGUGUCUGUGUUGUGGAAAAUAUUUAAUGUGCAUCGUUAAAAGAAUUUAUAAACAAAGAUCUCAGCUCAGCUACUCGAGCUGCUUUUGCAGCACGCGAGGCAGCAUCACUGUAAGGGAGGGAGGCCCCAGCAUCCCGCGAGGUCGCCUCUUCUCCGGACACCGCGCUGCGCAUCCCGGCCAGCCGCCGCCUGCGCUGCACUGCCAGCCCCUGCCCCACGUCCCACCAGCUUACUCUGCUCUGUCAGAUGGGUCUGGAGUGGGAAGAUAUUGCUGGGAUAAGUGCCUGGGACGAAAGCCCCAGAGGGAAGUAGAUUGUUGGAUAAGUUGCACAAAGAUCAGGAGGAGGGUGCAGUGCUCAGUCCGCACCUGCCGGGGAGCCCAGCAGCGUUGCAGUGCCUGGGGCUGCCUUGGGCUGGGGAUGAGCUGCUUUGGGCCUAAAGGGGAGUUCCUCUCUCCUUCUCCAGAUAGGAAAGGGUGACGAUAUGCAUAGCACGACAUCUGUGAAGAAGGGGCUAUCUCAGUGCGAGUUUCCAGGGCUGUCGGCACUGCAUCGGCAGCCAUCCCUCUGUGCUUGCCCACAGACUUCGGGAGUGCGAGCGAGCUCCCCUGGAGCCCGUGCCGGCCUGCGGUUUGGGCCGUGUCCAGCUCUGGUCGGGAUGCUGAAGGCAGCCAGGAGCGCUGGGCUCCGGCAUGGGCUGCAGGUGUCCCCCCGCGAGAGCUGCAGCCUGGGAAACCACGCAGGGAAACCACAGCCCACCCCUACCAGGAGCUCGUUGCUGUUGGCCAGGUCCUCAGAGAAAAGCUGCGAGCUAAGGGCAGGAGCACGGGGAGUGCCGGGCUGGGAGGGGAAGACGACAGAUCGCGCUGCUUUUAGGUAAGACGGCUGCUGUCUAGAGAAAGGGGGGGACCGUGCACGGCAAGGUGUUGCUGAGUCUGGAGCAAGGCCACUGGCUCCAGAUUGACGCUGGUUUGACUGAGCCAGACCCGCAUAGCUGCCUCGCCCAGCUGUGAGGUCCUCUGCCUUUGCCCGUGGCUCCUUCCCCCGGCCCUGCGCAGGGCAGUGACUCUGCGAGCGGCUUCUCCACACCUCCCCUUCCUCGUCCAUCGCUUCGGCACAGACUCUCCGAGUCCAAUCCCGGCUGGCAGCGUGCCUUGCUGUGCCGUAGUGAAGCUGCGCGGGAUGGGGCUCAGCCUGGGAUCCAACCCUUUCUCUCCCAGUUGAGUGGCUCGUCUCUGUUGGCGCGGGCUGUGCUUCUGGCCUCGCGUGAGCAGCUGUAGGGGACGCGAUCCCUCGGAAGGGCUGGUGGGGAGGGCAGUAUUGAGAGCAGGGGUUCCCAAAUGGUGGGACCUCUCCUGCUAGCCACACGCCGACCACUUUGAAGAGGUGCCCGUAGACACCACCAGUGCCUGGGCUGCCACUGGCACUGCCCACAGAGGUGGCUGCGAACCCUAAAAUAGCGCAGCUCUGCCCUGGGGCCAGCACCGAAGGAGGUAGAGGAGCAUUGCUCAUGGGGAUUUAUCGAUCCUCGUGCCCCUCAGCUGCAGAGCAGGGUGGCUUGAGGAGGGCUCACAGGAAUCGGGGUGCAGGGGUUUCCUUGCUGCGAAGGGCUCACGGGUCGUGCAGACUUUGGGGCAGAGGUUCCCCUUCCUCGGCUGUGUUCCAUGAGCCUGCCUGGCCCUCGGUGACGAUAAGCUCCAUAUUCCGCUUUGUAUCAAGGGGAACCUUUCAGGUUACAUUUUGUUGCGGGUGAAACACAAGGAUGUUUUACUUCGCAGUGUAAUUUUAAGAGGCCUCGCAUGGCUCAUAAUCUGCCCUCUCAUAUUCCACGGGGUGUGUGUGUGUGUGUGCGCGCGCGUGUGUGUGUUUUCUCUCUCUCACUUUCUCAGAGUCGCAGAGCUGUUUUGAUUGAUUGUCCUCAGCUGCAGCUAAAAGUCCAGCCAGCCAGUUUAUAGAGUUGGUUCCAGCAUCAAUUCUUGCUUUGAAAAACAUGACAUUUAAAACCACUUGGUUUUCCUACAUAUGGAUCUGAUGCUUUUGUUAAAGACUGUUUUUGCCACUUUUCUCCUGGAAUAUAAGUCUCAUUUGGACACCGCAUCUCCUUGACCUCAGAGCACCUUUAUUUCAGUGCCAUUGUAAUUGACAGGUUGAAUUUAUGAGAUACUGUCAAAGUUCAGUAUUAAUAGCAGAUAUUAAUGUCACCAGUGUUUUCCAAUAGAAAAUUAAUGUCAGUGUUGUCUGCAGCUAGUAACCCUCUAAAAUGAUUCCUGCAUGCCUCGACACUACAUGCUGAGUGCUUUCUUUUAUGCUUUUUGCUCUUGCAGUGCUUGGGCCGUCUGAUCCCUUUGUUUUAAUGACAUUACAAUAGGACACGCAAGAAAUCGCUUCACUUCCCUCCUGAUUCUCCGUGACUUUGUUCCUUUAAAAGUCAUUUGCGUCAGCCCAGAGUAAGUGUGAAGCCGUAUGACCGGUGUGAAUGAAAAGAGUGAUCCGAGUGAUCACCACUGAGGAAGGUACUUAUGGCGGGAGAGAAGUGCAGAAGCUGUCUGUCUGUCUCUACACCCCUUGUGGCACGUGUGGACACAAAGCUUGGCCUGACCCAGGCUUUUCUUAGAGAGAAGCCUGAGCUGGUAGCCUCAGUGCAGGGAGGAGGGCCAGGGACUCCUGUGUGCUUAAAAGCUCUGAAAACAUGCUGGGCUCCAAGAUGAAAAUCAGACUCUUUUCUAUUUCAUUUGAUUGUAAUCUCUGUGAAGAUGAAAAGCUUUUGGUCUGUGCUCAGAACUUUGCUUGGCUCUAACUUGAACCCAGGGUUCCCUAGGACAGGCAUGGUUUUGGGGGCAUGAAGCCUUUCCCAACAACCAUGCCCCCUGAACAGCCAGUGUGUUGAGGCUUAAAGCUUCUUCAAAAAGCUUUUUGUUUUCAGACAGCACGGGACUGUGGGCAGUGUGUUAAGUUGUCCUGAACUGGGAUUUUUAAACUGCAGAAGAAGCAGGUCUCGUGCCAUAAACCUGAAACAAACCAAAACCACACCAGGGAGCAGAGAGGAGAGAAAAACUGCUCAGAGCUCAGCACUGAGCUGUGACCUGGACCAGCUGUGGGAAUUAAUUCCAGCACAAUUAACCAUUUGCAAGGCAGGGAGGGCCCCUGUGGUUAUCGGGCUGCAUGAAAGAUGCACAGCCCAGUCCUGUGGCAGGCAGCGGGGGACCACCGGGGCAUGAUGUUCAUUCUCUUUUUUUUCCUCCACCAUACAGCUCUUGUUGUUCCUGCAACCUCCUGGACACUUGAGGCCUUGCCAUCGCUAGAGCUCUUGAGAAGUGUCACUGACAGGAAAGCUCUUUUCUGGGUCCCCAAGAGCCCCCUGGUCCCUUAAACCUGAAAGAGGAGUGGGAGGGCAUUUGCUGGUCCCUGUUUUUGAAUGUCAGGUUGGUGCUGCUGCAGUGGGUGAAAUGCCCAUUUUUUUUCUAGAGUUUUUUCCAGGUGUACAAAACUUCACACAGGUAUCCAUGUACUGUAUUUCUGCAUUUUUCCUGACUUUUGUUGGGUUUACUGGUGAGGGAGGAGGCAUUUCUACCUCGUUCAAGAGGUGGGAACACCAUUUCUGGAGGCAGCUGCCCUCCCCUGUGUGAUGGAGGAGGCAGCUGGUGGGUCACUACUCAGCAAAAGCUCUGACAAACGAUAGGCAGCUGAGCUCCCCGUUCUUCAGCGGGUGUGGAGGACUGUGACCCUGUGCCUGGUGGGCCAGGGCUACCUGCACCUUGUCUUGGUGGGAAGGGGCUGCCAGGCCUUUGCCCGUGCAGCGGAGCAGUGCCUGGGGCUGAGGGCAGAGAACCCGAACACUUCCCUUCUUUCCUAGACAUUUUGGAAGGGGAAAUCCUGCUCAGUCAACACAGCAUUGCUUUAGUGGCUGGUCCGAUGUAGUUCAGACAAGGUUCCCACCAGCUCCCUUGUUUAAUAGCCCUCUUUUUUAUUAAAAACAAAACCCAAACGCCUCUCUCGGAAAAAAGCUUUUUUUUUUUUUUUUUUUUUCCUCUCUCUUCCAUCUUGUUCCUCUUAGAGGAACUCUGGGAGCCCGUCUUGGUGCUUUCACUCUUCCACAUGCCAAAGAUUGCUACAUCCCUCUUAGUUACGCUCCUGCCAAACCAGAUCUUAUAGUCUUGCCUCAAAAAUCAUCCACUUCCCUGCUCCUUGGGGUUCCUUUUGUUGCUGUUGCUUUUUCAUUGAAUUUCCUCAUGUUUAUUGACAUGUCUAUUGUUGAGCUUCCUGGACACAUGCAGCUCUCUUUUUCGGAUACAGAAAAAGACAAAUAGUUGCCUUCACUGGUCUGCCCCUGCUGUUGGGGAAAUACUGCUAGUGAUACGAUUCCUACAGAUGGGGAUGGGUCUCAUUUAGAGCUAGGGUCAUGCAGGGUGUAAACUGGCAUCGCUCCAUUGGCUUGGCUGGAAGAAGGCCAGUUUUGUCCAGCUGAGAAUCUGUCCUUAAUGUCUAAACAGUUAUUACACACUAAUAAAGAUUAAUGAUUGUAAAUCCCCACGGAUUAUACAUAAAAUGGCAAGUUUUACUCAUUAAUCUUUAUUGCCAUAUUAUAGCUGUUUAUGUUAGAGGAGUCGUCUCUCUCUGUUCUGAACAUGCACUUCGGAGGUGGGGGUUGAGCGUGGGGGAGAUGAAGGAUGGACAAAACAGACCAGAUGUCCACAUGUUUUACAGUCUGUGUCCUCCCCCCAAGUUGGUUGUUUCCUUGAAAGCCGUUAACCAGCAGCAAAGGAUGUAUCACAGAGCUUUGUCUGCUUUGCUGGCCUCUGGCUGAGCUAUAAAAUCCAGAUUGUUUCUGGUGAGAAGGGAUCAGAUCUCCUAAUUAAUAUUUCAGCUCAGCCUUUACUGGAGCAGAUGGAUAAUAUGAAAUUUGACGUGCGCUCUGGCAGACCAGAGCUCUGCACUGCAGCAGGAUUCGCUCUCCUGGACGUGGCUGGAGGAGAUGCUUUCUGUGCAGUAGGCAGCUGUGCUGCAGGCUGAAAGGAUGCUGCUCCUUCACGUAACCCCACACCAUAAAAGCCGUUGAUUUUGUUAAUAAAGAGGCUCAGAAAAAGCUCAGUUGAACCUCAGGUUUUAUGUGUUUGCAGCUGGGUAUAUACACAGGUAGGAGGUGGUGGUGCCAGUGGUCUGGACUCAAAGGGUCACGGGCUGUAUAAAUGGACUCUAAAGAGAGCGUAGUAAACCGUAAGGGUGGUUUUAAUGGCAAAGGGACAAAAUGAGUCCUCUGACAGGCAGCUGUUGUCAAUCCACUCUGCCAGGGAAGGUCUGGAGUUGAUGGGGAAGGCUGGAGCAGCAAGACAGGGAUGCAUAGCCUGGCUCGAGCAGCCUGUCUCCCCUUUCUCUUGCCAUGUUCUCCUUCAGGCCCAGAUUUGUUGGUCAUGGUUUUGCUGACAAGUCCCACAUUGCCACCGCAUCCCCGCUUCCAGCAAGAGAAACAAAAUCUAAAACCCCAAAGACACCCACAGGGAAAAACUGCAAGCGGGCUGAUGCUCGUUGCCUGCUGCGCGGCCUCGUGAGUUGCUGCUUCCCGGGCCGAGCUCAUCAGUGAGAUUCAGAUGGGGAGAGCAUGGGAGAGGCCUCCGUAGCUGAGAAAAAGGAAGGGAAACAAACACUUUAAGGUGGUCUCUAACUAGCCUAAUGGUGGAAGUAUCUAAUUUACAGGCCAUGGGGAUAAAUUAAUUCUUCGGGGGCCUGUGCAGCCGGUAGUGCCGUUCCACCGGGAACAAUUUUGGCUGCAUGACGUUUAUUACACGGCCUGCUUUAGUGCACUCCCGGGUGCCUAGAAAGCUCUUCGCCUCCAUCGACACCUUAUGUCUCAGUCACCUUUACGUUUUGUAUUUUACUGUCUGGGAUUUUACUAGCAGCCUUUUUUCUAGGCGGUUGGUCAGGGUGAAGGCAAGGGAAAGGGGCCUCCAGCCAGCUCUGCACAGAGCGCGUUGGGAGAGGACGGAGCUGCCUGUCUGGUGGGAAACUGCAGGCAGAGGCUUGUUAUCCUGCAGGUAUCCAGCCAACGCGAGAGCUUCUCCUUUCAUACUUCGCUGCCGUUGUAUUCAAAAUCCCUUUCUGGAUUGCUCUGGAGUUGCAUCAGCCUUGCUCCAAGGCGACUCGCCCUUGCCGGCAGCCAGGCUGCAGGACGGGCUGGCGUUUCCUUCCUCGAAAGGCUCUUGAUUGUCUCUAAAUGAUGGGGCAAAAGUCCAGCGCCUGCGAGGUGUCACGAGGAUAGGCUGGGAAAAGCUUGGAAGCAUCUUAAACGCUCUGGAAAUAGAGAGAGAAAUCUGCAAAGAUCAGACAUCUUUUGGCAAUUUCCAAAGCUGUGUGGUUUUAGCCAGACCUGAAAACCCUUCCUAGAAGUUUAUUUCAGGGUAUUUUGAUGUUACUUUUGCUUUUGGACCUAGCUAAAUCCAGGAAACUCAGAACAGUGUAAUUUUUAAAUAAAGAGUAGACACACCCCAAGUAUUACUGAACUGAUCAGGAGAGUUUCUGUUUGGUUUCUCUUACAGGAAUAAUUCAGGCCAGCUCAGGUUUUAUCCUAAUUCAGCCUGGUUUUGCCCCAGAUAAUUAUUCUUUUAUCCUAAUUCAGCCUGGUUUUACCCCAGAUAAUUAUUCUUUUAUCCUGAU